UGGGUGCUUUUUUUGCACUCAGGAAUCAGAAGACAAGAAGAGGGGUUAAAUUCCAUCUCCAAAUCCACGCCCCCCUCGUACCCCCCCAACUCAACAUACAGAAACCCCUCCUCUUUUCCCUCCUCUAUCCCACCCGAACCCUAGAUUCUAACAUUUUCCAUAUGCAGAUCUGAUAACGCACUUCUCCCCCAAUUAAAGACCCUAACUUUGGAACCUCUAACAACCGGACUAAUAUGGCCGAGUUAGGGCAGCAAACGGUCGACUUCUCUACUCUUGUGAGUCGUGCCGCCGAGGAAUCUUUCCUCUCCUUGAAAGAGUUGGUUGAAAAAUCCAAAUCCUCUGACCAGUCGGAUUCCGAUAAGAAGCUUAGCCUCUUGAAGUACUUGGUUAAAACCCAGCAACGUAUGCUCAGACUGAAUGUUCUCGCUAAGUGGUGCCAACAGGUUCCUUUGAUACAGUAUUGUCAGCAACUUCAAUCUACCCUAUCAAGUCAUGAGGCGUGUUUUACCCAAACUGCAGAUUCAUUGUUUUUCAUGCAUGAGGGGUUACAGCAAGCUCGAGCACCUAUCUAUGAUGUUCCAUCUGCUAUAGAAGUCCUCCUUACUGGAUCUUAUCAGCGUUUGCCGAAAUGUAUGGAAGAUGUAGGUAUGCAGAGCACAUUAACUGAGGAGCAGCAGAAGCCAGCGCUGAAAAAGUUGGACGCACUUGUGCGUUCUAAGCUACUUGAAGUUACACUCCCAAAGGAAAUAUCUGAGGUGAAAGUUGCUGAUGGUACAGCAUUACUUCGUGUGAAUGGUGAAUUUAAGGUGUUAGUUACACUUGGUUACCGAGGGCACCUAUCAAUGUGGAGGAUUUUGUAUUUGGAGUUGCUUGUUGGUGAGAGAAGCGGACUUGUGAAACUGGAAGAAUUGCGACGGCAUGCUUUGGGAGAUGAUUUAGAGCGUAGAAUGGCAGGAGCAGAGAAUCCAUUUAUGAUAUUGUAUUCAGUUCUCCAUGAGCUUUGCAUUUCACUCAUUAUGGAUACUGUCAUAAGGCAAGUACAAGUACUACGUCAAGGAAGAUGGAAAGAUGCUAUUCGGUUUGAGCUCAUAUCGGAUGGGAGUACUGGAUCUACACAACUAAAUCAAGAUGGAGAAACUGAUUCAGCUGGUCUCCGAACACCUGGGUUGAAAAUUGUAUACUGGCUAGAUCUGGACAAAAGCUCUGGUACAUCUGAUUCAGGGACAUGCCCUUUUAUAAAAAUUGAACCAGGACCAGAUCUACAGAUAAAGUGUGUUCAUGGCGCUUUUGUUUUAGAUCCAGUAAAUGGUAGAGAGGCAGAAUUUUCUCUUGACCAAAGUUGCAUUGAUGUUGAAAAGUUGUUGUUAAGAGCAAUAUGUUGUAAUAGAUAUACUCGUCUGCUGGAAAUUCAGAAAGAGCUGGGAAAAAAUGCUCAAAUCUUUCGUGCGGCUGGUGAUGUUCUUCUUCAGACCCACAUGGAUGAACAUGAUGUUGACUACAAAAAGAAAGAAACUAAAACUGAUGGCAGGGAAUAUGAGGGACAGGAAGUACUACUUCGUAUUCGUGCCUAUGGCUCAUCAUUUUUUACACUUGGAAUAAAUAUAAGGAAUGGCCGCUUUCUUCUCAGUUCAUCCCAAAGUGUGCUUACUUCCUCAACAUUGCUAGAAUAUGAAGAAGCUUUAAAUCAAGGAAGUAUGACUGCUGCUGAAGUUUUUAUCAACUUGAGAAGCAAAAGCAUUUUGCAUUUAUUUGCAUCUAUUGGCAGGUUUCUUGGCCUUGAGGUAUAUGAACAGGGUUUCACUAUUGUAAAACUACCUAAAAGCCUUUUGAAUGGUUCUACCAUGUUGGUAAUGGGGUUUCCAGAUUGUGGGAGUUCUUAUUUUCUGCAUGUGCAACUAGAUAAAGAUUUCAAACCUCUGUUCAAGUUGCUGGAGACUCAGCCUGAUCCGUCUGGGAAAGGUCAUUCUUUUAAUGAUUCCAAUCAUGUGAUGCGCAUAAAAAAAGUUGAUGUCAACCAGAUGCAGAUGUUUGAAGAUGAGUUGAAUCUAAGCCUACUUGACUGGGGAAAAUUGACUGACUUUUUACCUGCUGGGGGUUCCAAUCAGACUUCUGAACACAGCCUUCUUUCUGAAUUCAGUCUCGAGGGUCCCAUGCAAAUUGCUGGAUUUCCUAUAUCAAGUUUUUCUUCUAUUGUUGAUGAAGUAUUUGAACUUGAGAAAGGGGCGUCAGCACCUUCAUUUCCUCUUCAGAAUCUUACAUCUUACAAUGCAUCUCCUGCUUCUCGUUUUGGCUCUGUUCCGAUUAAUCUUCAUGCUGCUAAAGCUGGAAAUCCCUCUCCCAAGUGGGAAGGAGGUCUUCAGGUAUCUCAGAUGAGCAAUGUUGUAAAAGUUUCAAGUACAGCUUCCCAUUAUAAUGGUUCAUUAUAUCCAUCAAACAAUCUGAAAGGUCCGAUACACUCCAAUUCAUAUGGUUCACUAUCUUCUGGUUUAGGAAGGGGCACAACUGUAAAAAAGUUAUCAGCUUCAAAAUCUGAUCAGGAUUUGGCUUCUCUUAGAUCUCCACAUUCUGUGGAGGUUGGUUCUAGUUCCUCAGUUGAUGAAGAUCAUCUGAGACUGCUGAAUGAGACAUCAAUGGAUGCCCUAUCAGGGAGUAGAUCAUCCCGACUAUUAUCUCCAUCUCAGUCUACUGGCCCUCGAGCCUCAACACCGGGUGCAAAACCCAGUGGACUGAGAAGCUCCCCUACUGGGCCUCUAGCUGGUUCAGUUAGAGGUACUGGAUCAAGCUCAUUAGCCACAACCCCCGUAUCUCAGGCAGCAGGAGACACUGCAGUCUUUCAUGGCUCUGGUCAUAAUGUUUCCAAACCUGACAAAAAUCCAAGAAAACGUACAGUUUCAGAUAUGUUAAAUUUGAUUCCGUCACUCCAAGAUAUUGAUUCUAAGGCAGGAUUUUCAAAGAGGAAGAAGACCUCAGAAUCAACGCUCUCUCAGCAGCAUUCAUCGCAGAUGCUUGUAUCGUCAGAGAUGAUGUUUAAAAAUGAAGGAUACAGUUAUGGAGAUGUAAUAGCUGAAGCAAAUAAGGGAAAUGCACCUUCAAGCAUUUAUGUCUCUGCUCUUCUACAUGUGGUUAGACAUUGUUCAGUUUGUAUUAAACAUGCCAGAUUAACCAGCCAGAUGGAUGCUCUGGAGAUUCCAUAUGUUGAAGAGGUUGGACUGAGAAAUGCAUCCUCAAAUAUAUGGUUCCGACUUCCAUUUGCCCGAGGCGAUUCAUGCCAGCACAUUUGCUUGCGGCUUGGUAGACCAGGAAGCAUGUAUUGGGAUGUCAAAAUUAAUGAUCAACACUUCCGAGAUUUAUGGGAGCUUCAGAAGGGCAGCAGCAGCACACCUUGGGGCUCUGGAGUUCGUAUUGCCAAUACGUCUGAUGUGGACUCCCAUAUCUGUUAUGAUCCAGAAGGUGUUGUUCUGAGUUAUCAGUCUGUUGAGGCUGAUAGCAUAAAGAAGUUAGUAGCAGAUAUUCGAAGGCUUUCUAAUGCUAGAAUGUUUGCCCUUGGAAUGCGUAAGCUCCUUGGAGUAAGACUGGAUGAGAAAUCAGAUGAAAAUAGUGCAAACUCUGAUGCUAAAGUGCCAUCUGGAGGUAAAAGUGGCGUUGAGGCAGCUGAUAAGUUAUCAGAACAGAUGAGGCGGGCAUUUAAAAUAGAGGCAGUUGGACUAAUGAGUUUGUGGUUCAGUUUUGGGUCUGGAGUGCUGGCUCGCUUUGUUGUUGAGUGGGAAUCUGGUAAAGAGGGAUGCACAAUGCACGUUUCUCCUGACCAAAUAUGGCCGCAUACUAAGUUUUUGGAAGAUUUUAUAAAUGGUGCUGAAGUUGCAUCCCUUUUGGAUUGCAUUCGCCUCACUGCAGGACCAUUGCAUGCUCUGGCAGCUGCUACGCGUCCUGCACGAGCUGGUCCUGCUCCGGGUGUCCCUGGGAUAACUUCAGCUAUUGCUUCUAUGUCAAAACCGUCAGGGUAUGUGCAAUCCCAGGGAGUUUUGCCUAGCAGUUCUGCUAACAAUAUUACCCAGCCAACUUCUGGCCCUGUAGGGAAUACCGUUGCAUCUACUGGUACUGUUCCUCUUGGGAAUAUUAGUCUUCAUGGUACUGCAAUGUUAGCUGCAGCUGGUCGAGGGGGCCCUGGCAUUGUUCCUAGUUCAUUGUUGCCAAUUGAUGUUUCUGUUGUGCUACGUGGUCCAUACUGGAUCCGAAUUAUUUAUCGCAAGCAUUUUGCAGUUGAUAUGAGAUGCUUUGCUGGAGAUCAGGUUUGGUUGCAGCCAGCAACACCACCUAAGGAAGGCCCAAAAGUUGGAGGUUCACUACCUUGUCCACAAUUUCGUCCUUUCAUAAUGGAGCAUGUUGCCCAAGAAUUGAAUGGAUUAGAUCCGGGCUUUGCUGGUGGUCAACAAACAGUUGGGCUAACUAAUUCUAACCCCUCAAAUCCAGGUUCAAGUUCUCAGUUAUCAGGUGCUAAUGGAAAUAGAGUUAACUUGCCUAGUUCUGCAGUACUUUCUAGGGCAGCUACCCAAGUUGCUGCUCUAAAUCGGGUUGGAAAUGCAGUUCCGGGAUCUUCAAAUUUGGCUGUCAUGAGCUCAGGAUUGCCUAUACGUAGAUCCCCUGGUGCUGGUGUCCCUGCUCAUGUGAGAGGAGAACUAAAUACAGCCAUUAUCGGUCUUGGUGAUGAUGGAGGGUAUGGAGGUGGCUGGGUUCCUCUUGUGGCUCUUAAGAAGGUUCUAAGGGGUAUUCUUAAGUAUCUUGGAGUGCUUUGGCUAUUUGCCCAGUUACCAGAUCUUCUGAAAGAAAUCCUAGGAUCAAUCUUGAAGGACAAUGAAGGUGCACUCUUGAAUUUGGACCAGGAACAACCAGCCUUGCGCUUCUUUGUGGGAGGCUAUGUAUUUGCUGUAAGUGUCCACAGAGUUCAACUUCUUCUUCAGGUUCUCAGUGUCAAACGCUUUCAUCAUCAACAGCAGCAACAACAGCAACAGAACUCCGUGACUUCUCAAGAAGAACUUACUCAAUCUGAAAUAGGAGAGAUAUGUGACUAUUUCAGUCGCCGUGUAGCAUCAGAACCCUAUGAUGCAUCUCGUGUUGCAUCAUUCAUUACCCUUCUCACCUUGCCAAUAUCAGUAUUGAGAGAAUUUCUAAAAUUGAUUGCAUGGAAAAAAGGAUUGACUCAGGUGCAAGGUGGAGAAAUAGCUCCUGGACAAAAACCUCGUAUUGAAUUGUGCCUUGAAAAUCAUGCUGGGUUAAAUGAGAAUGACAACUCUGAGAAUUCAUCUGCAGCUAAAAGCAAUAUUCACUAUGAUCGGCCCCAUAGUUCUGUUGAUUUUGCACUUACUGUUGUUCUUGAUCCUGCACAUAUACCUCAUGUUAAUGCUGCUGGUGGUGCUGCUUGGUUGCCCUAUUGUGUCUCGGUGAGGUUGAGAUAUUCAUUCGGGGAAAACAAUAAUGUGACUUUCCUUAGCAUGGAAGGAAGCCAUGGAGGAAGAGCUUGCUGGUUGCGUGUUGAUGAGUGGGAAAAAUGUAAACAGAGAGUGAUUCGAACUGUUGAAAUAAAUGGAUGUUCCACUGGAGAUGUUACCCAAGGAAGAUUGAGAAUCGUUGCAGAUAGUGUGCAAAGAACACUGAAUUUAUGCCUCCAAGGGUUAAGAGAUGGCAGUGGAGGAGUUGCUGCAAGUUCUGGGGCAACAUGAAUAAAUGCUUUCCUGCUGAUGGCGUAGAUCUUUGAAAUAGUUGAAGGUGGAUUUUAAUUCUCUUUGGGUUUUGUGUAGAUUUGUCAGUGUGGCAUGUCCAUUUCCAGUUUGGACAAUUUUGUAACUGAAGAAACUGGCAGUGGGCAGUUAUGGGGAUGGGAGGGAAGUCAUAAUAACAUUUCUCGGGGAAGUGUUUCGCAGGGUUCAACAUUGUAUCAAGGGCCUUUCUUCUAUUCUUGUUAGCUAAUAUAAUCCUCUAAUGAGUAGGAUAUGUAGAAUAAUUUUGAAGAUAAGGGUAUGAUUGUAGCUGCUGUUUUUCAUUUGUACAGAAAUCACAAUUGCUGUCUGAGUGGGCAAACGUUUUAAAAAAAAAAAAAUAACUCAAGAUGCCCAAGGUUGUUAUCCUCUGUUUUUGUCUUCAAUUCAAUUUCUCGAGUGGAGAACAGCUUCCAUACUUCGCCACCGGUUCUGGCCUGAAUAUGCGAUGCAGGGUUGAAUAAUGAACGAACUGGAAUUGAAUUUGGCUUUAGUUUAUUUAAACUGGUUCUGAUUUUGAUCUG